AUGGUGACAAAUACCAUUUGGAAGCCUAAACAUUCCCAAAAGGAAUCUCAUCCUCUUGCUGCUGGCAAUGGCAAGGAAAUCAUAUCCAAUGAGGUGGAACCAACAACGGAGAUGGUCAUGUCAAAAGAGAAGCCUCCAUUAGAUCAUGGAUGUAGCAUCAAUAGUGAAAUUGGUGUCCCAGUUCAGCUGUUUAUACCUACUACAUCUUCAAACAAAUUUGAGAGGUUGGAAAUUGAGGGAGGUAAUUUGGUGGUGGAUUUAGACUAUGCUGCAACUAGUUGUGAUCAUAACCAUGGUGAGGCAAGGUUACCUAAGGAUGCUAACAUGGCUGCAAUCGUGGGCAACAAUAGGUGGUCAUGGCCUUCCACAGCUGGUUCCCCUCAGCUGCCUUUUAUUAUGGUGUCUGCUGCCCUUGGUCUGCUGCCUAGUCUCCAUUGCAGCCUGCCACAGUCGCUGGGCACUGUUCAUGGCUUUCUUGUUUCACUGCUCUUGAAUGCUGCCUUGAUUGCUGCAUGUUUGCUCUGUUAUGAGGAGUUCAUCCUAAGAGCAUGA